AUGGCAGAUCAAGAAGAGGGAGCUCUCGGCUUGGUACUGGUACUGACAUCUAGUAUCCAGAUGGGCGAGGCAGUCAUAUUGGCAUCGGGCGACUGGGUCCCAACACCUCAGUCCCUUCAAAUUCACCAGCUCGACGUGGCCGCACCGGAGUCAACAUACCUACCCUCGUCCUCCUCUAUCCAUCGCCGCCAAAAAAAGACUCCUCCGUCUCAAACACCGUCGUCCUCGGCUCCACCUCUGCCCACCCCCACUCCACCACGACCCUCACCCCCUCCCUCCGCAACACACUCCCAAGCCUCGCCAGCUCGCCCCGCAACCCCCUCACGCCACGGCCACGGCCGCCAUCCUGCCAAGCAGCGAGAUGCAGGGUGGCAAAAGCAGGCAAGAAAUGAUGGUCUAGCAGAUGAGCGGCCAGAUGUGCAAAAGCGGGCCCGCACAUGGUGGGAUCCAUGUCCUCUUCAUAAGGCUGCAGGAGUAGGGUUAUACCCGUGA